AUGACUCGUAUGCCGAUAACAUUUGAAGAUGAAACUGAUAACCAUGAAGAAUGGAUUUCCAUAGGUGAAGAUAAUGAUAACACAUGGAUUUUAUAUGAUGACAAUAAUGGUGAAGACGAAGAUAAUCAGUUAACUUCUCAUCAUCAAGAGCCAGAAGAAUUCAAAGAUCUUGACUGGAAUGAUGUACCCAAUUUUAUUUGUCAGCUGAACUAUAAUCAUUUAAAAGGAUAUGAACGCCAUCAGGAAAAUAUUCCAGUUCGACCGAUCUUCGUCUGUAAUAAUGGGCCUACAAUAAACAUAGUCCGUUAUAUAACUCCACUUCUAUGGUCAAUCUUUGAUCGAGCAACUAAUUGCAAACGAUUUUCAAAUGGUGCUAUUGAUGUUAUCCAUGCUAUCGAACAUGAUGCUCAUAUGGAUCACUUUCAAUCUCCAAUUCUUUUUGUCACAUUCAAUUUAGAUGAUUUGAUCAACAUUUUUCCUCAUGAUGAAACCAUAAUUGCCUUAAACUAUUUACUUCGAGAACAGUUACCAGAUCAGAGAAUAGCUGGUCUUACCGUUGAUACUAUCCUACAAUUAGUACAGCUUGUUUUAAAAACUCAAUUCUAUGUUUAUAAUGCUGCAUUGUAUCAACAAAUUCAUGGUGAUGCUUCUGGUUUACCAUUAACUAUAUUCUUGGCUUAUACUUAUUUAUUUUUUGGAUAA